UAUCUAGAUAUUGAAUAAGCAAAAUUAUUGAUCACUAUUUCCAUUUCGAUAUGACACAACAACUUAACUCCUACCUAUUCCUUAAGAACUUCGACCAAAACAAUAUGCCACGAAUCUGGAAAAAAAAUUGUAUAUAUGGCCGGCGGUGAGACAAGGAUACAGAAACUAUAGCUAAAAGGCACUAAUAUAUAUUAACUUUUCAUACAUGGAACUCCAACUACCCUCAUUCCCUAUAAUUUUCUCUUCCUUCAUUUUUUUGUUUAUUGUGGUAAGCACACUCAAGAAAAGAACUAAAACCAGAAGCACAGCUUCAACGCUCCCACCCGGACCAUGGCAGCUACCCUUUGUGGGAAAUAUCCACCAGCUUCUUGGCUCUUUGCCUCACCAUGCACUCAGAGACUUGGCCAAGAAGUAUGGGCCAUUUAUGUACCUAAGAUUUGGGGAAGUUCCAACCAUAGUAGUCUCUUCCCCAGAGUUUUCCAAAGAGGUGAUGAGAAAUCAUGAUGCCAGUUUUGCAUCAAGACCCCAGAGUUUGUACUCACAGAUUAUGUUGUAUGACAAUUCUGACAUAGCCUUUUCUCCCUAUGGUGAGUAUUGGAGACAGCUUAGAAAACUAUGUAUGAAAGAGCUUUUGAGCUCAGCUAGAGUUCGAUCUUUCAGACACAUUAGAGAAGAAGAGAUGCAUAAUCUCAAGGAAUGGAUUGCUUCAAAUGUUGGGUCGGCUAUCGAUCUUAGUGAUAGGAUUCAAACUUCAACAUAUGGAAUCACUGCUCGGGCUGCCUUUGGUAAGAAAAGCAAAGACCAUGAAGAGUUCAUAUCAAUUGUGGAGGAAAGUAUUAAGUUAGGAGGAGGCUUUAAGCUUACAGACUUGUUUCCUUCUUUCAAUUUUCUUGCCUUGAUCAGUCAUGCAAGGGCUAAUAUUGAGAGACAGAAGCACAGGGCUGAGAGGAUAAUUGAAAACAUCAUCCAAGAACACAAAGAGAAGAACAGGACAUCUGUGGAAGCUGCUGAAAGUGAAGCACAUGAAGAUUUUGUAGAUGUUCUUCUAAAGUUUCAUAACAAGGAUGACCUUGGUUUUUCCUUAACUAGUAACAAUAUCAAAGCAAUUAUUUGGGACAUCUUUUCUGCAGGGAGUGAGACAUCAGCUACAGCUGUAGAUUGGGCAAUGGUGGAAAUUAUGAGGAACCCAAGAGUAAUGAAAAGAGCACAAGAGGAGGUGAGGGAAGUCUUUAACAGAAAAGGUAGAGUUGAUGAAGAAGGAGUUGCUGAUAUGAAAUACUUGAAAUCUUUAGUCAAAGAGACACUGAGAUUGCACCCUUCUAAUCCAUUGUUACUACCAAGAGAAAGUAGGGAGAAGUGUGUGAUUAAUGGUUAUGAGAUACCUGUGAAAACCAGGAUCAUAGUUAAUGCAUGGGCAAUAGGAAGAGAUCCUAAGUAUUGGACUGAACCAGAGUGUUUUAUACCAGAAAGGUUCCUUGACAGCACCAUUGACUUCAAGGGGGGCAAUUUUGAGUAUAUCCCAUUUGGUGCAGGAAGGAGAAUAUGUCCAGGCAUGUCAUUUGGUCUCAUCAACAUUGAGCUUCCCCUUGCAAUUUUGUUGUACCAUUUUGAUUGGAAACUCCCCAAUGGAAUGAGCCAUGAAGAUUUGGAUAUGACUGAGUGUUUUGGUAUAACAGUGGGGAAGAAAGAUCAUCUUGUCUUAAUUCCUAUUGCUCAUGAUAUUUCAUGUGUUGAAAAAUCAAAAAGAGGAUGAUGUAUCUGGUUUAUUGUUUCUUAAGUUGUAACUAUUUAUUGGAAAUUUUAAUAAAGAUGGAAGAAAAUAACUAAUUAAAGCCUGUA